AUGGCAGACCAAGGAGGAGGUGCAGCCAGCGUGAAGCGGUUCAGCGGAGACGGCAACGACGGAGCUGCUGCCUACAAGGAGUUCCACCAGGAGAGGCUCACGCAGAUGGCGUUCGCGGUGGAAGAGGAGCACGGGGACACCGAGGUCGGCCCGCCGCCGGAGCCCUACCAGGAGGAGAGCGUGGAGGACGACAUCACAGACGAGAUCGACGCGAUCGUCCAGGCGGCGGAGCCGAUCGACGAGGCGGACGCGGUGGAGAUCCUGGCGACGUGGAAGCAGACACGCACGGCUAUGACCAAGGAGAAGUUGGACCGCGGGCUCAGGCCUCAGUGGAAAGCCCGACCAGGACAAGGAGGUCAUGGUGGACCGACCCGGCACGACCUCGACAAGCUCGGCCGUAGGGUGAAGUGCUUCCGGUGCAAGAAGAUCGGCCAUUUCAGCAGGGACUGCAAGGAGCCCCUCCCGGCCCACAGCUCGCAGAUGGUGUUCGUCGAGCCGAUGGACGAGGAGGACCAGGAAGAAGCACGAGUCCAGGCAGUACUGGGAGCUGCUCAGGACGACGAGAUCACCGACGGGGACUUAGACGACGAGAUCAAUAGCAUCCUGAAGGUCCACGAGGACAAUGUGCUGGCGAGGCUCAUCCAGCAGGAGCGCUGGAAGCGGCUGGCGCACGAGAUGAAGGAGCAGCAGGAGGACGAGUACGCGUCGGUCGAGAAGAGGGCCGCCGAGGAGGGGACGGUCCUGGGAGUGACCCACGCCGACGGCUGUUCUGUGCCAGACACGGGGUGCUGCAAGUCCCUGAUCGGCGAGGAGACGUUGACCAAGCACGAGGCGGCGACAGGCAAGCAGGCGAGGUGGUUGAAGGACGCCAAGCCGAUGCGGUUUCGCGGGUUCGACAAUAGUGUGCAGGAGUCGGUCGGUGCUGUGGAGCUGGACUGGGAGAUCAAGAACUUCAUCGUGACGUUCGUGGUGUACGUGGUCCCGGGCUCUGCAGGUUUCCUGAUGAGCAAGCCAGACAUGAAGGCUCUGGGCGCGGCCCUGGACCUGGAGACGGACUCGUUGUACCUGAAGCGCCUUGGCCUCACGAUUCCCUUGAGCGAGACGGUGGCAGGCCACUAUGAGAUCGAUUUCCUGAACCGGGAAAAGAAGGUGAAGAGGAGAAUGGUGACCGAGCUGUUCUCCCCACCUCGUAUCGUGCCAGUAGCGGCGCGGUGCGGGUUCUUGGAAGGUCAGAGUCUCGACAAGGUGCACGGCUGGGAUGUGGACAAGGACGACGACUACAACGCCAUGUGGCAGCACAUCAUCGAGGACGAGCCGUACUUCGUGCACAUGUGCCCUCCAUGCCGGAAGCUGUCGAUCAUGCAGCAGUGCAUGCCUUUGGAUCGCCGGAAGGAUCUGGCACAGCAUUUCAGAGAUGUGAAGUGGUCGGUGAAUUUGGUACAUGUGGUCGUGGAGGUCGCGAUCUACCAGAUGGAGCGGGGCAGGCAUUUUGUCUAUGAGACCCCCCCGAGGUGCGCGAGCCUCCAGGUGCCGGUGAUGAAGCAGCUCCUGCAGACCCGAGGCGUGUACGUGGGCAUAGCGAGCGGCUGCGAGUUCGGACUGAGGUGCCCAGACACCCUGAAGUUGAUGCCCAAGAGCUGGGAGUUCGUGACGUCUGCGCCGGAGGUCGCGAAAGCAGUUCACCAGCGGUGUGGAGGAGGACACGAGCAUCAACAUACAGAAGGCAUGCUGAAGUGUGGGAUCAAGCGCACGGUGUUCAGCCAACGGUACCCCAAGAGGUUGGUAGAGGCGAUCGUGCGGGGCAUGCGACGACAGUGUCAGGUGGAGGCGUUCAGCUCGGAGGCCGCGUGCAAGGCAGUGCAGGGAGAAGAAGAGGACGCAGAUGAAACACGCGAUGUACUACGUCGGCCUCACAGCUCGAUAGAGAGCAGCCUCAGGAAGUUGCAUGUGCAACUCGGCCACUGCAAGAACAACGUGCUGAUAAGACAUCUGCGACACGCACACGCCACGAAGCAGGCGAUCAAGGCGGCCAAUGAUUUUUAUUGUCCAGAAUGCGAGGGCAUGAAGUGCCCCAAGGUCGCUCGACACAGUACACCAGCGGAGACCCAUCUCCCUUUGAAGUACGUGAGCAUGGACUGCAAGGACUUGCCGAGCUGGAUCCCGGGCGAGCGGAUCACCUGUCUGGGCAUCAUCGACGAGACGAGCUCCCUGCACCAGGUGGAGCCAAUGAUCGGCAUGGCGGAGACGUCGAAGAACCUCAUGGAUGCGUUCGAGCGGGCGUGGAUCCGCCCCUACAUCCGUCCGAAGUGGCUGAAGGUGGACCCACACCGGGCGCAGAUCAGCGACGAGUUCCUCAACUGGUGCGAGCGGCAGGAGAUCGAGGUGGUGGACACAGCAGUUGGAGCGAAGGAGCAGAACGGCAAGAUCGAGCACCACAACCAGUUGUUCGAGAUCAUGCUGGAGGACGUCAUCCGCGAGGCGCAGCCCCAGACGGAGACGGAGUGGCGCGAGUGUGUCGCGGAGCUGGUGAUGGCCAAGAACAGUCUCCUCUCGGUGACCGGGGUGUCCCCGAUGCAGAUGGUCUUCGGCCGCAACCCGGAGAUCCCAGGCGACCUCUUGAAGGACAACCCCGACCUGAUCGCCAACAGCGCCAUUGUGAACGACCCGAUCGCGGCGCAGCAGGCGCGGAUCAGGACGGUCACGCGCAUGAAGGUUCUCAUGCAGCAGGCAGAGCUGCGGACCAAGAUGGUGAACCUGGAGCACUACAGCGGCCAGAGGUUCGAGGACAUCACCGGAGGGAGACGCGUGCGUGGCAAGCAGACCAUGGACAAGAGGACGGUGAGCGAAGCCUACCAGCCGCUGGAGGGCCAGAUGGAUGAGAACCGCGAGGAGCAGGAUGAGGCCAAGCGUCCACGGCUGGAGGAGCAGACGACCAUCGACGACCCGUCCAGCAGCCAGCAGCAGUUCGGAGGUGUGACGUAUCCUCCGAGUCUGCCGAGCCCACCGCUCAGGGACUCGGCGAAUGCACACCUGGCGAGAAAUGUGGAUGAAGACGUCAUCGUGAACGAGGUGGACGUUCUGCUCACGCAGGGCAGUAAGGAGAUCAACACCAAGGAGGACAAGUGGAAAUCACCCGAGGGCCUCGCGAUGAUCGAGAAGGCGUACACCAAGGAAAUGACGAGUUUGGUGCACGAGACCAAGGCAUGGAAGCCAGUGGACUUGGAGAAGUCGCGGCUGCUGAAGACCCAGGACUACACGCUGAAGGGCUACCACCCGGAGCAGCUCUUCGAGGUGGUCAACGGAUACGGACUGGGAGACCAACCUCAGCAGUGGUGGCGCACGUUCGAGCGGUACAUGUUGGAGGAGCUGAAGUUCGACCAGCACCCCAUGGACCCGUGCGUGUUCCUGCUGAGGGAGCCCGUGACCCAGGAGAACGACGGCCUGGUCGCCAAGGACAGGGUGUCGGUGAUCCCGUACGCCACUGGUUCUGAGAGCGCCCAGCUGCGUGGUGAGCCUGGCGCGCUGUGCGGCAUCCUUGGAGUGCAUGUGGACGAUCAGAUCAAUGGUGGCCGCGGUCAGCUGUGGGCCACUGCGAUGGAAAAGCUGCGAGCGAGGUUUCCAUUCAGAAAGUGGGUGACAGGGAGUGGGGAGUUCACAGGAUCGGUCCUCACUCAGCGAGCUGACUACUCGAUCGUCCAGUCGCAGUCAGAAUACACGAAGGGGAUCACCCCCGCGAAGACGAGGAAAUCAGCUCGGCCCGAUGAUGUAGCUCUGCCGUCGGAGGUGCACAACCACAUUUCGACUACGCAGCAAGGGAACUGGCUGGCAGGACAGACGAGGCCAGAUCUGAGUUGCCAGAUUUCCUUCUCCCAGCAGAUCAUGCCUCACCCGACGGUCGGCCAGAUCAGACGCUCGAAUGCUUGGGUCAGGAGGGCGAAGCAGUUUCACGAGAUCUCGGUGACUUUCCAGAGUAUUGUUCCAGAACGUUUGCGUUUCGUUUGCCACUCGGACUACUCCUCGAAGGACCUGGACGGGACGGGGAGGACACAGGGCGGGUACAUCAUAGGUGCGACGGACCCCUCCAUGGCAAAAGGUCUCUUGGCCCCAUGGUGCCCUCUGGUCUGGAAGUCCCAAAAGAUCAAACAAGGGUGUACGUCGACACUGGCAGGAGAGAGCAAGCUUCUGAAGGCGUCUUUGGGCCACCUGGAGUGGAUCAUGUGCUCGUUCGCGGCCACCCUGUACCCCACGUUCUGCCUAGAAAAUCGGGAUCGGUAUUCCAGGAAGUUCUCGGCGAUCAGCGUUAUCGAUUGCAAGUCGGUGUUCGACCACGUGACGAAACCUGGGGCCCCUACAGGACUCGAUGACAAGAAGGCCUCCAUAGACAUAGCGAUCGCCAAAGGGAGCCUCCGAAGGUUUGGUGGUACUCUUCGCUGGGGCCCGACGGAGCUCAUGUUAGGAGAUGCGUUGACAAAAGAUAAAGCAGAAGCAGCAGAUGUACUACGAGCGUGUAUGAGAGCAGGAGCGUACCAGCUAGCCGACGAGUCCGCCUGGGCCAUGGUGAAGUUCGAGGCGACGGGCAGCGACGAGCAGGCCAGGGCAUUUCUGCUCGGGCUGGUGGACGUCUACCCGGACGUGUCGUCCUACGUGGAGUCGGAGGCCAGGGUCAAGGUGAGGGUGCCAGCCAAGACGCUCCUGGGCGCCGUGCAGGCGAAGAAGGGCAACACGCCAGUGACGCUGCAGUACGUGGCCAACACCGGGAACAUCCAGGUGAUGACGGGAGUGGCUCUGGAGGACGAGAUUCGGGACAAGUGCAAGAUGCUGGAGAGGGCGUACGCUUCAUGGCAAAGAGCACCGCUCGACCAGAAGCCGAAGUUGGAGAUCAAGUCGCCGGCCACGGAGUUCUUCCGCAACAACACGGUGAAGGCGAGCAAGAAGGAGAUCGAGCAGGACGGCGACGAGAAGAUCACGCUCCCGGACGACGAGGGAUACUCCGAGGCGAUGGACGCCAUCCUCGAGAGCGUCGGGUGGUCUCUUUCCGAGUACCCGGUGAUGAGGGACAGGAUUCUCAAGACGUUGCAGAUGUACGUGCCCGACGGGGAGGAGGAGGCCACCCCAAAGCGAGCACAGGCAGUCGGUGAAGACGACGACGGCACAGGCGACUGGCAGAUGGGUGACAGUGUGAAG